AUGCCACCCCCAGGACCAAAGCCUCUCCCGUUUGUUGGAAACCACUACGAGAUCUAUCCUGACGCCUUAGGCAACUACGACCGUCUGUUCGCAAGAUACGGGCCCAUGAUCAAAACUACCAACAUGGGUACCGUCACAUACCACACUAAUGACCCGGAAAUAUCACGGCAUAUUCUCCGCGAGGGUGAGUUCUUCACGAAGACGACAUCAGAUCCGUCGCACCCGCUGUUCUACAUGAGUGUGCAGACUGCUCUCUUCACUUGCGACACUGCCUCACCUUCAUUUGCUGUCGGCCACAAAUUCGUACCGCCUGCGCUCUCCCCAGCAGCCGUAGCACAUCACGGGCCUGCGAUUCAAGAUGCCGCUCGCUCAAUCUUCCCGGUACUAGACGAGCUUGGGCAAGGCGGUCUUGCUUUCAAUGUAUACCACUACAUGUUCAAGUUAGCAGGGCAGCUCAUUUGGCGCGUAGUCUUGGGGCAGGAUGUGCAACAUUUCCAGACUUUGGACACGCCACCCACGUUGGCCAUUCGUCUAUUUGGCCAGUAUCUAUCACUGAUGAAGAAGUCAUCACGGCGGCCGCAAUGGUUUGGCAAACUUCCAUUUGGUGAACCGGCACGACUGCGCCGCGUUAGCAAGGAUCUGUUCAGUACGGUUGAGCAGGCCAUGGAUGCCAGUGUGACGCCGGGAGGUGGAACAUUGCCACUCGCUGACUCCUCCUCGCCGUUACGCGCGUCGUGCGUAGCCGAUUAUCUUUGCCGAGUGCGCGAUGAUCGAGGGGAAGGGCUUCCACGUGAAGAGCUGCUGGCAAACGUAGUGGUAAUGCUUGGUGCGGGCUUCACAACGACAUCGUCGCUGCUUUCCUGGUCGUUGUACGCGCUCACCAAGUAUCCGGGCAACCAGGAACGACUCUUGCAAGAGAUGAUAGACCAUGGGGCUGAUGGGAAGCGAACAUGGUCGUGGGAUCAAAUGUUUGACAUGAAGUUUCUCGACUGUUUUGUCAAGGAGACGCAACGCAUGCACAGUCCCAGCUUCCAGACGGCCAGGAACGCGAAGAAAGACGUGGUACUGCCUGGGGGUUACCUCAUUCCUGAGGGUUCUGUCGUCAUCACAUGCUUCCCGAGUCUGCAUAAGAACCCAGCUCACUGGGAUAAUCCCGCGCUGUUCAACCCAGAUCGCUGGACGGGGGGUGAACUUGCAGCCAAGGUGAAGCGAAAGGGUAUCUAUACGCCAUUUGCGGCUGGUGGUAGAGGCUGCAUUGGUUUCAACCUCGCGCUGAUGCAGGUCAAGGUAGUGCUGCUGGAAAUCGUGUAUCACUAUCAUCUUGUGGACGCUUCUCCAGAGCCAGUAGUUUACGACCCUGAGUUCUUGGUCACUCGGCCGUUGAACUUUUAUGUUAGUCCGAUUAAGCGAACAAGUUGGCCGCGGCUGUCCAACGUGUUGUAG